UCGACCCUCCUUCUGCCUUGAUUCAGGCAUUUUUAUGUACGCUCAAUGCUUUCAGGCCGAGCGGUUCAUUGCUUGAGACGGGAUAGAUCUUUAUCCGCCACUUCCGCCUCUGGGUCAGUUCACCGAUUGUGGUGUUCAGUUUACGUGUUGUUGCUAGUCGACUUAACGUCAUUCGCAUCAGUAACCACACAGGCCUGCGCUGUGGUUGGUGGUGGAGUGCGAUUGACGGCAUUCGGCACAGACGGGAAUGAUGCAACACUAGAAGAGUUGGCCAGCUUCAGUGCGCAAUCAUGAAUGGCGAAGAGGAGUUCUAUGAUGCCGUGACAGGUUUGGAGUCGGACGAGUCCUACGAGGGGGUGUCGGAGGCCAGCUUUAAAGAUGCAAUAGUGUUUGAGGGGACGCAGGAGGACAGCGACAGGCAGCUACAGGAGAAUGGAGUGAGGCAACGCAGGACUGCCUUACCGGCGUCUAUGAUCUCUCGGAAUAACUUCAGCUUGUGGGGGAUUCUGAAGAAAUGCAUCGGACUGGAGCUGUCGAAGAUCGCCAUGCCCAUUGUGCUGAACGAGCCCCUCAGCUUCCUGCAGCGCAUCUCCGAGUACAUGGAGCACACAUACCUCAUCCACAAAGCCUGCGCCACGCCCGACCCUUUGGACCGUAUGCAGGCUGUGGCUGCCUUUGCUGUCUCUGCUGUAGCGUCUCAGUGGGACAGAAUUGGCAAACCCUUCAACCCCCUGCUGGGAGAGACUUAUGAACUCCUCAGGGAGACUGAGGGUUACCGUCUGAUUUCGGAGCAGGUCAGCCAUCACCCCCCCAUUAGCGCCUUCCAUGCAGAGAGCCUGAACCAGGACUUUGUGUUCCACGGCUCCAUCUAUCCCAAACUCAAGUUCUGGGGCAAGAGUGUGGAGGCAGAGCCUCGGGGAACUAUCACUCUAGAGCUUCUGAAACAUAAAGAGGUGUACACAUGGACAAACCCCCUCUGCUGCGUACACAACAUCAUCCUGGGAAAGCUGUGGAUCGAGCAGUACGGCACGGUAGAGAUCCUCAAUCACAGUACUGGAGAUAAGUGUGUGCUGAACUUCAAGCCGUGCGGUAUGUUUGGGAAGGAGCUGCACAAAGUGGAGGGCUACAUCCAGGACAAAAGUAAAAGGAGGCACAGAGUGCUGUAUGGGAAGUGGACGGAGUGCAUUUGGAGUGCGGACCCGCAGGAGUACGAGGCGCACCGCAAAACGGAGAGGAAAGGGGCCGGUGACGCUCGGAAACACAAGCAGGAGGAUGUGGCUGUGGUGGAGAACGAGGAUGCAGAUGACAUGCCUGAGGUGCAGGAGACUGUUGCCGUGGUUCCCGGCAGCACACUGCUAUGGAGAGUUGCACCCCGCCCUGCACACUCUGUACAGAUGUAUAAUUUUACCAGCUUUGCCAUGUCUCUGAAUGAGCUGGAGCCAGGGAUGGACGGCAUCCUCGCACCCACAGACUGCCGCUUGCGCCCCGAUAUCCGAGCCAUGGAGAAUGGUGAUAUAGACACGGCCAGCAGAGAGAAGGAACGGCUAGAGGAGAAACAGCGAGCGGCGCGGAAGGAACGCGCCAAAGACGAGGAGGAGUGGAGCACCAGGUGGUUCCAUUCAGGUACGAAUCCAUACACAGGGUCCCAGGACUGGCUCUACACAGGAGGGUACUUUGAUAGGAAAUAUACCGACUGUCCUGAUAUCUACUGAUGUGGGGGCCUUCUUCAAACCCAUCAGAAAAACAGUACCAUAUCUCCUUUGGAAGCUCUGAGUGGGUGUGGCUAAUUUCUUUUUUUUUUCUUUUUUUUUUUUAAGCUUUUUAUUCUUCUUGGAUUGUUUCAAUGUCUACACUAACUCACCUACCCCAAUGGACUCCUUGUAUAAAAAAUUUAAAUCAGGGAUACAGAUGCUUAUUUGACUGAAGAAUUGUAAUUUAUUUUAUUUUUGGGGGUGGGGGUAUAGCUGUGAAAUGUUUUUUGUUUUUUAUGUUUUUCUCUUCUGAUGAAUAUGCUUGUCCACUGUCUGUGAAUUUAAAAGGUACAUGUGGGUGUACACACACACAUACACACACAUCUGUGUGUGUAUGUGUGUGUAUAUAUGUAUAUAUAAUUUUAUAUAUUACCACACACACACACACAUAUGCACAUUUAUUUAAUAUUUGCUGGUCUUACCUUGCAUUGAUCGAGGUACCUCUUAGACACCCCCAGUUUGGUGUGUAAUAGAGAUGCCCCUCUGCUCCAGGUUUUGUCACCGCUCUUUGUCCAUUGAAACCAGGCCUGUGUUCCCCAUACACAGGCAUGUGCACUGCACAUCCGGGUAGCACGUGCAUCUGUGCAUAUGCAAUAGGGGUAGCUCUGCUUAGGGUUUUGAACCGCAGCCAUGGCGCCCGUCUACGUAACAUGAGAUACAGUUAGCUAAAGAGCAAGGCCCCCAGGGAGCAAGGGAGCUAAUCACACACUUACUGAAAUUCCAGCACAGGAGCCUGGGCGGCCACAGGGUGUGCUGGUUUUCAUCGACUGAAUGAGUUACUGAUUUUAAGGUGGAAACAAGAACCUGCUGAUGUUGCUGCUUCCCAGGGCCAGGGCUGCUGCUCUGGGGAGUGAUUUUACAGUUCGUGGCAAAUGGUCAAGACCUCGCCGGCACAUGCUGCAAAUGCUAAAGAGUACAUACUGCUAAGUACUCAAGUGAACAGCCGGAACCAAAAAAUGUACAUUUGGUUCCAUGUGGAACGCACAUUGCUAUCAUCACCCUGCCAUGAACUUUGAUCUGCAUGUAGGUAGAGUACAUUUUUCAAAUCUAUGACUCAUUUGAAAUGAUGUGGUUGUGCUAACAGUAUUUCUUGUACAGUGAAAUACCAUGGAGACAGAACAUAUGUUGGAUUUGUACACAAACUCCUCAAUUGGUGUUUUCUUCUAUGGCAUUUGAAUAUCUGGCAAGAACAGAUAAUGUGUUUCAAAGCACUCUGAUUUCUGUCUUCUGAAGUACACAACAUAUCUGAGGAAUUUGUCUGCAUAUGCACAGUUGUGCGAUUCAGUUUAGGAAUAGCUCAUGAAACAUCAGUCACAAACUUCUGUACUUCAAAGGUAGUGUGCACGUACAGUAUGCGCUGGAACAUAGUCCUAGUUUCUAUCAGAGGUGGAACUUCCAGUUUCAGAAAGUAAAAGUCCUCCCCAAUAUUUUGUUCCCAACACCUGGAUUUGAUGAUUAGCACAAUUCUUCAGCCAGGAGGUAGAACUAAUCGGUAAAAUCCGCUCCAAGUUCAUGGGUGGACUUUCUGACCCCUGGACUUCACACCUCUGGUUUCCGCUCAGGUAUAUGAGCUGGGGGUGGUGGGUUGAGUCUGGCCUGCAGCUGUGUUACCUGUAAUAUUAAGAGCGAGGUGGCUUUCCUGAUCGGUGCCCUUUGCUUGCUGAUGAAGGAGAAAGUCCUGACCCUCAUGCUUUUUCCUUUCUCCAAUUGUGAUAAACUGCAGAUUGUGUAAAAUGAAUGACAGAUUGUGAGGCGAGGGGUGAAAUGACAGCUGUGCUGCAUGAACUGCUUUUUAUUUUCCGGUUUGCUUAAUCAUGAUCAGUGCUAGGCAGUGAGAAUAAAACCUUUUUUUAUUAAAAAAAGGAGAGUGAAUAGUCUGUCCUCUUCGUUCUUUAUUCAGACAGAGAAAGCAGGGAGGGCGAAACAGACAGAGAAGACACCACAGGUCAGAAGUUACUAUGGUGGAUGUUCGAGCCUACUCCCGAGCAGGGGGACUUGCAUAUGCCUCACCUGCCACCCAUUCUAGUCCAUUUAAGGCCCACCUCUUUCACUCUAUAGUCAAACAAAAAACUAUUUUGUUUUAUGUAAUAAUGAAUUGGAUUAAACCACUUUUCUUAAAGCUUAUUCAGUAAUCAUUUUGGGCUAUUUAUUGACGAUGGGUUGUUCCUCGUUCUUGUAAUACAAUGUUGUCUAAUGUCCUAGUAUUGCUAGGAAAUUUAACUAAUUGUCUUCAGCUGAUGGAUUUGAAUACGUUGGUGACUAAGCAAUUAUGUUUUUCAAAAUUAACUUGGUUUUUCGUCAAGAUUUUUGUAUGUUCAGAUUUCUAGGAAUUUAGACAGAUUCACUCCUGUUCUUACUCAUUCAAAAUAAAAAUCUGGAAAAACCCUGAGAAAAAAUGUGAAAACUGAAAAUGCGGGGGCCUGUCAGGGAAAUUAGAUUGUUUUCUCUGGGCCGAGACUGAACUUAAAAUCUGAUGAAAACUGUGGAUUGAUUUGUUUGAAAUGAAAUCAGGCUGUGGGAGAAGGACCAGGCCUUCACACAGGCUCUCCUCUCGUCUCCCAUCUAAAGACUGUGUGAACAUGCUGCCUGAAUGCAGGCCAACCCAGAGCCUCACUGCAGAGUAUCUGAAUGAAUCUGUCGCAGUCACUGUUUGCUGUAUGUGGCUGGCUCAUUUUUACUUGUGGAUUCAUUUGUGUGUAGAUGUUGAGCUUAUAGUUUUAUUUGAUGGAGAUACCCCUGCCUCUCGGAGGAAUUGUUUUGUAGGUCAUGGACACCGCUCACACCCCACCCUUCCACCCUCCUGUAUUGCCGUAGUUUGUAUGAAUUACCCCUGUACCAACAGUAAUAUACUUUAACAACGGCUAAUUACCAAUAGUCAGGAUGUUUGUUUGUAUUUUCUUUUUGGCAGCACUACAUUUGUAUGUACGUACAUUAUAAUAAUGCAUGUUUCACAAUGUAUACGAUCCUGAUUUUAAAUGAUUUGGUGUCAAAAUGAAAAGCUGCUUAAGACAUUGUUUACCUAGUUAGUAAACAAAAAAUGUUUUAGUCAUAAUACAAAAUAAUAAUAAUAAUAAUACUAACCAAUAUUAAUAAUAUGAAAAAACAUAUGAUCAAGGUGUACACAUCUGUGUGUGAGUAUCGUGUAGAAAACGAUUGCCAUGUUGUCUCCAGUCUUUAGCUACUGACAAGUCACUGUAGUUAGUUAGAUGUACGGACAUGAGCUGUUGCAAGUGGGAUUGAGGAGAACUCUCUUUAGCCCUUGAGCAACAUCAUUUUAACAUCGAAAAGACGGAAAACCUUUUUAAAACUUUGCAUGAAACAAGUGACCCACAGUCUCUGAAUAGUGAACUGUGGGUCACUUGUUUCAUGCAAAUGUAUCAGUCCAAGCCCACGAAAACCUGUGUAUCAAUCUGUUGAGAGAGAGAGACAGACAGACAAUGUCUUUUAAAAUCCUGGUUUUCAGUAAUGUUCCCAUGUCCAACACACCACUGUUGUACAGUGGGGUUCAGCAGUCUGGUGAACAUGACCCCAUUCUAGUCUUAUUUGGGAUUGUUAAGGUUGGCUGUUUCAUUGUCAUAUGAUGCAGGCUGGCUGUCUGAUUGUGUCAUGUGAUGCAGGUUGGCUGUUUCAUUGUGUCAUGUGAUGCAGGUAGCUUAAAAGUGAUUUCUAGGAUAAUUCUGUUGCAUCCUUUUUGUACCAGAGCGCUAGAGUUGCCAACAGGCCCGUAGUUUCUUCCGUAUUUCCCUACUGUAUAUCCUGCAUAUUUUAGUUGCCACGGAUGACGUGCUGUGAACACAUUCAGAAAUGGGGACCUGCAUCCUGUAUUUGAGCAUGUAGUGUGAAAGCACUGUUGGCCAGAUGCUGUACUGCAGAGUCCUAGAAACAUGGAGCCCAGAUUGUGUAUGACUUUUGGUUUUUGUAGGUCUGAACAAAGGCUACAGCUGUAUGGUAAAAUUAUGCAGCUACAGUUAAGUGAAAACUGGAGAAAUCAGCUGUCCUCUCUCUCUCUCUUACGUUAUCUCUUUCAAUUCGAUUCAAUUCAAAUAUCCUAUACUCUCUGUCUCUGUCUCAUUGUUGUAAACCAUACUUGUUUUGUGCAGUAACAGGUCAUCACUUAAAUUUGCGGUGCAUUUUUUUCUUUUUACAAUAUAGCUUAAAUCUAUGCAAAUAAUGACCACUGUGUGUAUCUGUACAUUAAAGACAUGUAUACAGUGUAAAUAGACUACUGUACAUAUGAGUACUUGCUGUAUGUGUCUGUUAGAAUGUGAAUUGUCUAGUAAGAUACAGACCACUGGUUCUGUAUAUGUGAACAUAAAAAUAAAUUGAGAGGUCCUCAUCAUGUACAGUAGUUGAUAUCCAUUAAUAACAUUAAUAAAAUUAAAUGAAUGUUGUGUCUUGGGACACUUUUUUCUCUUCCAUCCCUGAUUGUUGAUCCUCAUUCAGAAAUCUUAGAAGUGUGGUACAUAAAAAAACACAUGCUCACAUUUUUCUCACCCUUUCUUUGUUAAUUGUACCUUGUUAUAUUUGUCUUCACAUUGUUAUGCUUCGAAGAAAAAAAAUCACAAAAUAAUUGUUACCUGUUUGGGUAGUUACCUUGUUUGUACAGAAGGCAUCUAAAUGUUACUUAAAAGUAAUUACACUACUGCUGGUGGUGAGACACUUCAUAUCCGUCUCAACAAGUGUAUGUUUAGUUAUUUGUAAAGUAGCAAUAAAUGAAUUGUAUGACGCACCACCAUUAAAAGAUGGAUUUUA